CUGAGGCGCGCCCUCCUCAAGGAACCGGAGCGAGCCGAGCGCCAGAGGCCGCGCCCCCUGCCCCGAACCCCGCGGUGGACGUGGCUGCACCUGAACCAAACGGCCUCCGCGGGCCGCCGCCGCCCCGCCGUCCCCGGCUCCCGGGCCUGUUACCCACGCCAGCCUCCGGCGCCCCGAGGCAGCGCCGCCGCGUCCGGGUCCCUGAAGCCCCAGGAGCCGCCCGUCCGCGGGGUGCGGGAGGCUCAGCGGCCGCAGGCUGCGGCGGGGCCACGGCGGAGUCUGCCCCGCACGGCCGCGGCGGCCCUCCGGCCUCUCUCCACUCGCCCCUUCCUGAGGGCGUGGAAGUGUCGCCGGGCUUGUCCGGCUGGAAGUUCGGGCGCGGGGUCGGCCGGUGAAUGCCGUCUUGGUCUCCGAGGGCUCAGCCAGGGCCGCCGAGCGGCGCCGCGGGGCGGCGACUUGCGGGGCGGGCUUCCCCCCUCGGACCAUGCGGGCGGCGGCGGGGAGCCCGGCCCCGGGAGCGCCCGGACUGUAGCUCGGGCCGGGGAUGCCGGCGACGGGCAGCGCGGACAUGCUGAACUCCGCGGGUGAGCUGGACUUCCCGGGCCGGAACGACGCCGGGGCCGCCCCGCCCGCCGCCUUGGCGCUGCCCGGCGACGCGGCGCCCGACGAGAGGGGCCCGGCCGGCGCGCCCGAGAAGGCCGGCUACCCGGACUCGGUUUACGUGAUGGCAGCCAACAUUUUCCAGGGCAUUCGCAUCGAAAAGUCGCCGGAGAAGGUCUUAAUAAAGUACGGGGACGAGCCUGUGCUGUCCUUCCCCGAGUCUGAGGACGAGUCCUUCCGGCGUUUGUCGUACGAGCUGGCUUUCAGCGCGCUGAAAUAUCAAGAUAUUUUGGAAACUAUAUUAAUAGACAGUUAUAUCUUCCCAAGUACCACAAUACCAGAUCAUUUGAGCAGUCUUGUUAUUGUGAUGCUGUAUGAUUUCCAAAAUAGAAAAUUUCAAACUCGUGACCUUUCUGAUAAUGAAGAGUCCAUAUCAGAAGUUCAAGAAGUGGAAAACCUUCUUAACAGUUUUAAGACAAAAUUGGCUGCAGCGUUGGCAAGAUGUCGAAUCAAACAUGAUGCCCUUUCAAUUUACCACAUUCUACCAGAAACAGUUAGGAAACAGGAACUAAGGGCCUCCACUUUGCCACUUUAUGCUUGGAUAAAUACUUGUAAAAUCAGCCCUGAAGAAGUUUAUAAUAAUUUGAAGAGAAGAGGCUAUAAUGAAGUCAAAUCUGUAUUGCAUAUUGAUGAUAAAGUCUUUGCUGUAGACCAACAUUGCUAUGAUGUUUUAAUUUUUCCAUCUCAUCUUAAAAAUGGUCUUAUAAAUAUAGAUCUUUUCAAAGAUUAUAAACUUAUUUUUCAGGACAAAUCUCGAAGUCUUGCUGUCCACUCUGUAAAGGCUUUAUUAAAUAUGGAUGAUGAUAUCUUAAUGGUCAAUACAGGCUCAUGGUACACAGUUGCCCAUAUGUCAACCCUAACAAAUGAUACUACCUCAAAAAUAUUUGUGUGUGGAGUACAAUCACAAGCUAAAGAUCCAGACUUGAAGAACCUUUUUAAAAAAAUGGGAUGUAAAAAUGUUGAAAUACUUCAUGAGGCAUUUAUUAACAUUGAAUCAAAGGAUCACAGGUUACAGAAAGUUAAAGUAAUUCUGCUGCUACCUCGUUGUUCAGGACUGGGUGUUAGUAAUCCAGUAGAAUUUAUUUUAAAUGAACAUGAAGAUACAGAUUUACUUAAAGAUCUCUCUCAAGGAGGCACAUCAGAAGAUAAACUUCAUGUUCUUGCUCAACAGCAAUAUGAACAGCUAAUACAUGCAAUGAAAUUUACUAAAGCUCAAGCAGUUGUUUACUGCACAUGUUCAGUUUAUCCAGAAGAAAAUGAAGCUGUUGUUAAGAAAGCACUGGAAUGUCAAGAUCUUGGGAAUAAAGUACAACCUUAUAGACUUAGUCCUCCCGUCCUUCCGCUGUGCUCCCCAAAGGAAAUACACUUGUCUACGGAUAAGUUUUUCAGAAUGGAGCCAUCCGAAAUUACCAACUGUUGUUUUCUUUCUAUUUUAACAAGGGAGCGGGACCCAUCUGAGACAGUCUCUGUGAAAGAUGUUUUGGCCCGAGCUGCAGCCAAGGGUCUACUGGAUGGGGUUGAAUUGGGUAAAUCAUCAAAACGGGAGAAGAAGAAGAAAAAAUCAAAAACAUCAUUGGCAAAAUCUUCCGGUACUGAGAGUACUAGCAUUCAAAUGAAAAUUGCUGAGUUCCUUAAUCGAGAAACUAAAGCCAGUGCUAAUCAAGCUGAAACAUUAACAAAAUCACCUCCUCCCCAGAAAAAAACUGUUCAAGUUGGGGUUUCCCCACAGAUCAGAAAACUCAACAAGCCCACCCCCAAUUCUUCAGUGCCUGGGUUUACAAAGAACAGUGGUUCCUCCAGACCAUACGAGCGGCAGACAAACUUCACAAGACCUCGGCCAGAAGACAGAAUGAUUCCUCUGAAGCCCAUUGAGAUUGUUUUGCCUCCAGUAACGAUGCCAUUUUCGAGUUCUGAAGGGCUCAGAUCUCAUAUACCAACUUCACAAUUUUACUGUCGUUGGGUUGGACCCAGGACUCUGGUGACCAGCAGCCUUCCCACACCAUCACUGUCCAGAAAAGGGGAAAAGCCUAAAGAAAACUCACCUUCCUCCCUACCCAGGCGUCCUCGACCAUUGCUUUGACUGUCCUGAAUUUUUUUUACAGGAGCCAAGAGCAGUUGAUUUUAUGUUCAAAAUCUGGUAUUUCUCAGAAGGUUACAUAUCCCUACACAAGAUACUCAUCUUUUUGGUUACUUAGUAUCUUCUAAAUGUGGUAUUACUUUCAGAGAAUUAAGACAAGUGAGAAACAAUAAAGUAGGGGAUUAAGCAACGCAGAAUUCGGAGAUUUCAAUAGCUCAGUGCUGAUCUGUUUUAGAAUGUCCAGUGUAGACUCAGUGUCAGCUGUUAGAACUUGUCUCACUUGUGUUAACUUUCAGUCUGGACUUGGAGCUGCGACAGUUCUCCUGAAGGGAGAGGCUGCCUGCUCACAGCAGGCUCCUUCUCAGACUUGCGUGGCAGUCGGGAAGCGUCGAUGUGGACCAGGCACUGGCUGCCUCCUGCCAGCUCAGGACUGCUCUUUGGUAUCCAGGCAGUUGUAGUUUAACUUUUUCAAUCACGAUCGAAGUUGAUUUUUUUCUUAAAUACCAAAAUAUUCUUUGAACAGGGCAUGGCAAGAGUUUUUGUCAUGUGACUGAGGUUGCGCAUGAAUAAGCACAGAAAGUUCCGAAGUGCCAGAUGUAUGUAGCUCAGGUGUAUAGUUACAGAGUGAAGUGUUUCUCGUUGGAAGAGCUCCAGGAUCCUGAGCCGAUUGAACACAAUCAUAUUUACCCCCUUCCUACCACUUAUGCAAAACACUAUUGUAAAAAAACGACUGUGAGCAAAUUUCCAUCUAAAUACUAAUAAUUCUAAGGAAGAGGCAAAACUGUUGAAUGUAAGUCAUAUCUAUUGUUGAAGAAACUCAUAAAAAUUUCUGAUUCUAUUCAAAGAUUAGGUAAUACAGCAAAAUGUACAUGUCAUUUCAAAUGGCACACAGUAAUCAAACUUUGGUAAAUCAUUUCUGAUGCACAAUUAAAAUAUAUUAUAGCACUAUGUUAAUUAUAGUAAAUGUCGAUUCAUCUUGAAUGUGUUAUCAAUUGCCUACCAAGAAUUGGUAUGUUUAUCAUUUCUAGGUCUACUAAUUUUCUUCAUUAUGGCAAUAGAAAUCGACAUUAGAAUAAGAUACAGCUAUACAUCUUAUUGUUUAAAAGAGUUCAUAGACACAUUCAUAAAGUUUGAAUUUAAAGUUUUAUUUUCGGAAUUCAUUUGUGUAGAAGUGUUAUAUAAAUUCCUAAACGCUCAAUUCAAGUGGCAUGAUUUUUAGUAGAAUAUUAUCCUCUAUAAGAUAACUAGGUCUAUUUCAACUCUAAUAUUCUAUUUUUUUAUUUUCUUUCUUGAGGUGAGGCUAAAAAAAGAAUGUUGAAUUUCAUUUUAGUAGUAAUAAUUUUUCUUUUACUAUUUAACAUUUAUCAAUAAAAUGUGUCAGUGAAGAAAGGAAAUAAGACUUUUUAUACUUGAACCAAGCUUUAAUUUUAAAUCCCAAAAGAAUGCCUCACAUGUUAAUUAUUACUCUUAAAAAGUACAGAAAUGUUUUAAAUGCUUAUUUUACUAAUUUCAAAAAUCAAAAAUUAUAUAUAUCUCUUUAAACUAUUAUGUGGUCUGUUCUCUUAUUCUCACUCAAAUUUCUAUCUGGCUUGGCUAUGCCGUGCCUCUAGGAGGGCAGUGCAGCUUCACUUACCAUCAGUGAGUAAAGAGCUGGUAUCUUCUAUCCUUUCCCUGCCCGCUCCCCAGGCUAAAAAGCAUUCCACUGUCCUGAAGUACCACGUCUGAGAUUUUUUAUGUAAGUGUGUUUUCUGUGGAUAAGUUAACUCUCCCUGUUAUGAAAUAGUUUAGGAUAUUUUUCUAAUUUUUGUAGCAGUAUGUGCUUGAUGUCACAAUUCGUAGCCACUUAUUUUCAGUAGCUCCUCACAUGCAUCUGGGCACUAAAUUAUUUUUCUCUUUAGAAGUAUAUGGAGAUUCUGAAUAAAACCAUUAAAUAAGCCUGUGGUUUUCUUCUUUGAGAAUCUUCUAAGGACAGGAUCAAUUAUUUAAAUACUUUGGUAGAAUAAAAAGGGAAAAAUACUUUGGAUAAAAGCAGUGUAAGAGAAUUUUAGUGGAGCAGAAUAUUGAUUACAUUGACUUUUUUGUUUGGCAUUUUAUGUUCUUAAACAUCUUGGAGAAAAGUGCUACAAAAUCUAAAAUAAUGAAAUUACUUGUAUUUAGAUACUCCAGUAGCAAACUCAUAUUUUUAUCUGAAAUCAUUUACCACUGUAUAAUGCCGGAAACCAAAAUGAAAUUUUGUCUUUAAGAAUUACCGCCUUUAACAGAGUAAAAGAGAUCAACCACUGGGGAAGUACAAGAUGAACAAAAAGUGGGGACAUACUUUAAUUUCUAUUUAUCUUCUUUCAUAUGCCUGUUAAAUAAAACCAGAUUCAACUCA